AUGUCAUCUGUUGCCCACAACGCUAACGCUGCUUCCCACAAGAUCUACGCUCUCCACCAGAAGGAACUUGAUGAGAAGAAUAAUCAUCAUGAAAAGAUCCAUGGUGUUGACCCACUCCACACAUCCCACAAGGAAGUUCAGGUCAAGAAGGCUCCAGUUGCCCACGGCCACGCCGGCCAAGGCAAGCCAGCCGCUGCUCCAGCUGGUGGUGCUGCCCCAGCUGCUGCCGCUGAUAAGAAGCCAGCCGACAGGAAGAAAUAA